CUUGGUACCUUGGUCCUGGUAGUAACACUUGAACGACGUCAGCAUCGGCGAUGGGUAUCUUCGGAUCAGGGUCUGCCUGCGUCCUCUACCUGCCUCUGCCUCGGGGCAGAUCUCGCCUAGAUCGACGCUCCGCCAAUCUCUCAGCAGCCUCCACUUGAUUUUCUCCGCCCGCCGGCAACGCGUUGCUUUGAUUGACGUGAGCGCAAGGCACAAGAAGAAUUGCCCAACGGAAAUUACUAGAUCCUCCUCCUCCUUCUCGUCCUUCUCGCCCUCCGUCUCUACCACACCAUGACCACCGCCGAUGCCCCACAUCAUACCGUGCGCAUAUGUACCAUUGCCGGAUCUGACUCAGGCGGCGGAGCGGGGAUACAAGCCGACCUCAAGACCUUCCUCGCACUCGGAGCCUAUGGCCUCUCCGCCAUCACUGCACUCACCGCCCAGAACACACGCGGCGUACAGGGCAUUCACUACCCUCCUGUGGAAUUCCUCCGUCAGCAACUCAAGAGUGUCACGAAUGACAUUGCCAUCGAUGGCUGGAAGAUUGGGAUGCUGGGCAACGAGGAAAUUACCAGCGCAGUAGAGGAAGAAUUGAAGCGCAUACGCGCUUCUCAGGUCAGCAGACAGUCAGUGCCCAUCGUACUCGACCCAGUCAUGGUCUCCACCAGUGGAUCCGUCCUCCUCUCCGACGAUGCAAUCGAUUCAAUCGUGACAAGAUUGCUACCGCUUUGCACGCUCUUGACGCCCAAUCUACCCGAAGCAGAGAAGAUCAUCGCUCACAUACAAGAGCAGCAGCAGCACAAGACAGGACGCAACGACCUCGUUGGAGCUCGACUGGAGACCGGCUUUAAGACCCUUGCCUCACGGUUACGCGCCGCAAGAUACCUCACCGAACAUGGUCCCGAAGCAGUUCUGCUCAAAGGGGGCCAUGAGCCGAUGCGCCGCGCCGAUCUAAACGAGCAGUUGGAGACUCUGGGGCUGAGACCUACACUUUCGGCACCAUCGUCACAGGAUGAGUAUGAUAGUCUUUCUGCGGGAUGCAGUGUUACAGAGAGCAGCUCACAGCGAGACAUGGCAAAGAUUACGUGCAUACGAGCCGACUCCACACCGUACUCUCUCUUUCUGAGAUCCUUGACUCAGCAAGGGGGGGUCCGAGGGGAAUCACAGGACCUGGUCAUGGUCGAUGUCCUCUACGAUCGAGUGCACGAUGAAUACACCAUCUUCGUCACAGGUCAAGUCAGCCGCUCCUGUACGCACGGCACAGGCUGCACACUCUCAUCGGCUCUCGCAGUCCAUCUCGCACAACAGCAAUGGAGACAGCGUGAACAGCGGCCGAUAGCGGAUGCGCUGAGAUUAGCAACCUGGAAGUCCAUCAAUUACGUUCACGCAGCUAUCAUAAGAGGUUACGAGGAUCUGGGAAGUGGGCCUGGCGCCCUUGACCACGGAGUCAGCGUACAAAGGAGAGGCGUCCUUACGUCGACUGCUCCUGGCCUUCUUGAGCACGAAGACCUACACGAGUGUUCUGCUACCUUACAAGUAGAGGUCGGCAAAAGCCUCGGUCAAGAUCCAGCUCCAUUCACCACUUCUCUCCUCUCAAGAUCGCUGCCGCUGUGGAAUCGAUACAUCGGCCACCCCUUUGUGCUGGCCCUUGCUCAGCCGGGUGCUCUUCGAGAAGGUCAGAAUCGCACAACGGUGCUCACGAGCAAUACCAUACAACGAUUGCCUCUUCCGCUGCAAUCAUUCCUUUAUUACCUCAAGCAAGACUAUCAUUUUCUCCUCGCCUUCUCGAAAGUCUACUCACUGGCCUCUUCACUCUCAAGAGAUUUUCAACUUGCUGGUUUCUUCAAUACCUUGUCGAAGUCCAUGGCAUUAGAGGCUGCUGAGCACGUAUCUCUUUGUACAACCUACUUCGGCAUGACAUCCGUUGUAGAUCUGGACAAGGAGGAAGAGGGGACAGCGGUCAUUGCUUAUACCCGCUAUGUGAUGGACCUUGCAAGAGGAGGCGGUGACCUGAUCACAAUAUUGACAGCGACGAUGCCUUGUCUCCUCGGAUAUGCCGACAUGGCUCUGCUACUGCAGAACGAGCUCACCCGACUCGGCAGAUCCUCAUUUGCUUCGGAAAAUUCGGCAAGUGACCCAUUGGACAGAGGUCUUCGCGUCUGGCUUGAUGGCUACCUAUCCGAGGAAUAUCGCAACACUGCGCAAGCAGGUGUGGCGCUGCUGGAAGGAAUGAUUGCGCGAGAUCCUCCCUCCCCACUCAAAAUGGAGCGGCUGCAGGCUGUUUGGAACAAGGCAGUGGGUCUGGAAAUAGCUUUGUGGGACGAAUGCUUGCAAUUUUCGGAUUUCCAAAGCACUACAAAAACUCACAGCUACAUGGGCGGAGGCUCCUCCUGAUGUGCGUAAGGGUUCUUGCUUUCGCACCUGAUCUCUGUCAGGACGGCAAAUCCCAUGACGUCGCUGAUCUAUGGGGUGGAGCCUGCGCCUGUCUGAUGCGAGCGCGACAACGCGGUUGCUGCUGUCAUUGUAUUCGCUAGAAAUCGCUUGACCUUUCACAAUCCGAUAGCCGUCUCUCGAG